GGGAGCCAGUUGGGGCGGGGCUUGCUGGGGGAGCUGGCCCUCCGAGUGCAGGGUGGGGCCGGGCGCGGCCUCCGUAGUGCCUGGCGCCCAGACGCCCUCGGCAUCCUAAGCGCCUGGUCUGUGCGCGUCUGUCCUCGCGUUUCGUGUAGCUCCAGCUUCGGGUCCUUUCUCAGCUCUCGCAGUCGCCCCUGGCGCCGCCGCCCGACCCGCCGGCCGCCGCGGGCCGCGGAGCCCAUGAAGACGCGGGCCCCGCCGCCGCCUCCGCGGCGUCGCCGUCGUCCCGGGACGCCCCGAGUGGGCACGGGCAUGGGAGCGGCCUGAGCGCUGUACUGCCGCGGGACCUGGAGGGGAAGGCGGCGCCGCUGCCGGAGGCGGGAGCCAUGGCAGAGAAGCGCGCUGGCGCGCAGGCCGCUGGCGGCAGCUGGCUACAAGGCUUCGGCAGACCAAGUGUUUACCAUGCUGCUAUUGUCAUCUUCCUUGAAUUCUUUGCAUGGGGCCUGUUGACAACUCCAAUGUUGGCUGUUCUACAUGAAACGUUUCCUCAACAUACAUUCCUCACGAAUGGUCUCAUUCAAGGUGUAAAGGGCCUGCUGUCUUUUCUGAGUGCCCCACUCAUAGGCGCUCUUUCCGAUGUGUGGGGAAGGAAGCCUUUUCUCCUUGGCACGGUUUUCUUCACCUGCAUCCCAAUCCCACUGAUGAAGAUCAGCCCAUGGUGGUAUUUUGCGAUGAUUUGUGUAUCUGGAGUCUUCUCAGUUACAUUCUCUGUGAUAUUUGCCUAUGUAGCUGAUAUUACUCAGGAGCAUGAACGAAGCACUGCUUAUGGAUGGGUCUCAGCCACCUUUGCAGCUAGUCUGGUCAGCAGCCCAGCCAUUGGAGCGUACCUUUCUGCCAGUUAUGGAGACGGCCUCGUGGUAUUGGUGGCCACAGUGGUGGCUUUUCUAGACAUCUGCUUCAUCUUGGUGGCUGUUCCAGAAUCUCUGCCAGAGAAGAUAAGACCAGUUUCCUGGGGAGCUCAGAUUUCUUGGAAACAAGCAGACCCUUUUGCGUCAUUAAAGAAAGUUGGGAAAGAUUGUACGGUCUUACUUAUCUGUAUCACCGUGUUCCUUUCAUAUCUUCCUGAAGCUGGACAGUAUUCAAGUUUUUUUCUGUAUCUCAAGCAGUUGGGCCCAGAAUUGAAUUCUGGCAGUGGUGCCCUACAGGAAGCUGUUAUCCCAGGCCCACCAUUUUUAUUUGGAGCAUGUAUAGUUCUUAUAUCUUUUCUGGUUGCCUUAUUUAUCCCUGAAUACCGUAAAGCCAGUGGAGCUCAAAAACAAAGCAACAGCAUCAGUGGUAGCCUGACUAACACCCCGGAACGGGUCAGUGAUGAGGAUAUUGAACCACUGCUUCAAGACAAUAGCAUCUGGGAGCUUUCCUCCUUUGAGGAGCCUGGGAGUCAGAGUACUGAGCUGUAACUUGAAGAAAAGGAGUUCUGCAGAUGUCAACUCUUAAAGCCUUCAGGGGAGCCACACCACAUGGAAACUUUAUGGUGCUGGAGGGGUGAAACUAGCAGCACACUUGGGCCAGGUUGAUAAGUGAUUUCUUCAUCGUUUCUCUCCACCCCACCCCCAUCUCUCCCUCUUCCUGUUCUUUUCUCUUCUUUUUCUGUUUGUACAUUAGGACAAGGUAAGGUUUGAAAUACUUAUCCAUAAAUAGUGUACAAGUCUCAAGAUUAUCUGGAAUCCAGACUUUGAAACUCAAAUAGAAAAGGCCAUAUCCUUCAGAAAAAAAUGGCUUUCUGCUGGGCAAGCUGGAACAUGCCUGGAAUCCCAGCACUGAAGAAUCUGAGGCAAGAGGAGCACGCAUUCAAGGCUGACCUGGACUACGGAGCAAGUUCAAGGCCAUUCUGGACUACACAGUGUGGCCUUGUCUCAGGAAAAAAAAGACUUUCUUUUAAUAAGUGGAGUAACAUAAACAGCAAUCUUUCUACAUCCUUUUCUCUAGGAAGUGUAGGAUUGUUGUAGAAGUGCCAUCUUGCGUAAGAUUUCAGGUAAAUAUUUCCCUUUUUCCUUCCCUCAUCCUCCUGGAUGAUGCCCUGUUAGCCCACAGGUAUUGAUGAGUGGCCACUCUUAAAGAGUUAGCACUCAGUAUCAGGGAUCCAUUGCCUUUAUCCAAAGGUCAAACACAAAAACUAUAGUUUUACUCUCCCUUUGUUUUUUUUUUUUUCUAUUUUCUAUGCUUGUCUUGAAUAAAUAAUAAUAUUGAUUGGUGAACCCUUUUAGCAGAUGAAGGAAAUUUUUCUUACAAAUUCAAAUCAUGUUGAAGUAGGAAAUCAGAUUCGUGGACUUUGUGUCCUGGUCAGCUCUGCAGUGAUUUUACAGAGCAGAGCAAAAUUUCAUCUAGCUGGGUGUGGUGGUGCAUACCUGUAAUCCCAGCUAACUGGGAGGCUGAGGCACGAUUAUUGUGAGU